AUGUGGAGGAAAGCAGUGGGUAAUUAUUUUAACACAAAUAAAACUAUUAUGAAAAAUGGUGAUAAUGCUACUACGAACGAAUUGAAUGAUAAUAAUAAUAACAAUAAUAAUAAUAAAGAGGAAGAAGAACUCAAUAAAGAUGAAAGUGGAAAUAAAUGUGCGGCAAAAGAUGAUGAUAUAUAUAAUUUAAACAACAGUACCAGUGCCACAACUUUAAGCGCAUUUAAUAACAAACGGAAAAGAUCUAAAUAUAACAAAACGUGUUCGGAAAAAAAUUCCAUCGACGAGAAUCAAACUGAUGAUAGUGUUAAAAAUGAUAAUUCUUAUGAUAAUAAAAAUGAUAAUACUUAUGAUAAUACUUAUGAUAAUAAUGAUGAUAAUAAUGAUGAUAAUAAUAGUGAUAAUAAUGGUGAUAAUAAGGACAUUCGUAAUAGUAAGAAGCGCAAUAAAGAACGAUAUAGUUACAUAUGUAAAAAACCUAAUGAUUCAUUAAACAACAAAGAGGAAAAGUUAAAUAAGGAAGAAGUUAAUAUUAGAAGGGAUGAUUAUGAUAAAAGAAACGAAAAAAAUGAAAAGAAUAUUACAGAAUUAAGUGUAGAAAAAAAUAUAUCAACAGAAAAACAUAAAGAUAAAGAACAAAAUAGAGAAAAAUUAAAUAGUGAUUUACAUGAAAAAAUGAAAUUAAUUAAAGAAAAGCUAAAAUCGAAUAAAUUACAGCAUAGUUCUAGUAGAGAAAGACAUAGAGAUAGAAACAAGGAAAGGGUAAGAAGUAAAGAUAGGGAGAGAAGCAAAGAUAGGGAGAGAAGCAAAGAUAGGGAGAGAAGCAAAGAUAGGGAAAGAAGCAAAGAUAGGGAAAGAAGCAAAGAUAGGAAUAGAAGCAAAGAUAGGGAGAGAAGCAAGGAUAGACACAGAAUUAAAAAAAGACAAAAAGAUUUACUAUCUAGUGGUGAUGAAGCUCGUUCUUUUAAAAAAAAGAAAAGGAGCAAAGAAAGAAAUAUAGAAGAGGGAAGUAUCAAUAUAAGUAGGCAUAAAAGUAAGGAAAAAUAUAGAAAUAGAAGCAAAGAUAGGAAUAGAAGCAAAGAUAGGAAUAGAAGCAAAGAUAGGAACAGAAGCAAAGAUAGGGACAGAAGUAAAGGAAGAAAAAGAAGCAGAAGCAGGUAUAGAAGAAGUAAAGAUAGGAACAGAAAUAUAAGCAGUAGUAGAAGUGCAAGUAGCAGUGAAAGUCAUCGUCACAAAAUGAAAAAGAAAUUAAAAAGAAGGAACUCAAGAAAUAGUAGUGAUAGAGAAAAUUCAAAUGGAAGCGCAAUCAAUAAGAAUACACAUGACAAUAAUAAAAGAUCAACUUCUCGUGAAGCAAGAAAUAGCAAGGAAUCAAAACCAAAGAAAAAAACGAAAUGGGAUACAGUAGACGAAAAUUUAUUAAAAAAUAAUUUGUUAGAUAACAAUAUGAAUGGAUUAAAUCAGCAGCAAAAUUUAGCUGUAGGAAAUAACGUACUUCAAAAUAAUAAUAUUACUUCAUUAAGUAGAAACCCCUAUGAGCUAGAAGGAGAUAAAAAACAGAGAAAAUUAUAUAUUGGUAAUAUACCUCCUAAUUCGAAACAAGAAGAACUAAUAGAUUUUUUUAAUAAUACCAUAUUAUCAAUUAUAAAAGGUUCAAGUAUAGAAGUAAAAAUUGGAGAAAUUCAAUUAUUACCAGUAGUAAAAUGUGAAAUAUUUAAUGCAGAUUCAAGAUUUUGUUUUCUAGAAUUUAGAACAUUGGAAAUUACAUGGUUAUGUUUAAAGUUAGAUUCUAUGUCCUAUAAUAAUUAUUGUUUAAGAAUAGGUAGACCACAUGAUUAUGUGCCACCACCUGAUGGAGAUCCUGCUUUAACAGUUGUAUUUUCAGACAUAAAUAUGAAAGCAUUUGAUCAGGUAAAACCUCCAAAAGUCAUACCUCCAAAAAGCAGUGGUGAUGAUGAUAAUAGAUUAUAUAUACAAAAUUUACCCCAUGAUUUGAAAGAUGAUGAAAUUAAAGAUUUAUUAGAACAAUUUGGAACAUUGAAAGCCUUUAAUAUUAUUAAAGAUCUGAAUACAGGUUUAAAUAAAGGCUAUGGAUUUUUUGAAUAUGAAGAUAAUAGUUGCACACAAGUUGCUAUUCAUGCUUUAAAUGGUUUUGUGUGUGGACAAAAUAUUCUGAAUGUGAAAAAAGCAACUUUUAAUAAGAAUCAAAGUAAUACACAGAAUCCAAAUAACAUAAGUAUACCUAGUAGUGUUGAUAUACCUGUUUCCCUUUUACCAAAUUCGAUUUCUCAAAAAAUUUUAAGUAAUUCUAUUAUAGGUUUGCAAAUUCAGGCGUCCAGAAAAAUCGGAGAAAAAUCAUCGCGCGUAGUUCAAUUAACGAAUGCUGUUUUUCAAGAAGAUUUAAUUAUAGAUAGUCAAUAUGAAGAAAUCUUAAGAGAUGUUAAAGAAGAAGCUGAAAAAUAUGGACCUUUGCAAAAUAUUGUAAUUCCAAAACCAAAUAAAGAUUUGUCUUAUACAGAAGGAGUAGGAAAAAUUUUUCUUCAUUAUGUAGAUGAAACCACAGCAAGAAAAGCUCAGUACAUGUUUAAUGGUAGACUUUUCGAAAAAAGAGUAGUAUGUGCUGCUUUUUAUUCAGAAGAAAAAUUCCUAACAGGGAAAUAUGUUCUGUCAUAA